GCCUUGUGGUUCGCCCACUUCCGGUUUUUUUAACACAGAAAAAACCAAAGGGUGGGAGGCGUAGUUAUCCUCUCUCUCUCUCAUCCGUGCUGCUACUCUCUCACUUUCCGAAAGCAGUUUACCAGGAGCGGUUUCCAGAUACCGUCAUGCCGAGGAAGAAGAAAACUGAAGCUCCUGGUGGGGGAGAAAGCUCUGAGCAUCAGGAUGUGAGCGGAGGAGGCAGUGGGGGUCCUCAACGUCCGCCAGCUCAACAAACACCGCAGCAGCAAGGAGGUUAUCAGCAAGGUGGCGGUAGAGGGUGGGCUCCCCAAUCCCAGCAAGGAGGACGGGGAGGUUAUGGUGGACGCGGUGGUAGUGGUCCUCAGCGCGGUGGAAUGGUGCCUCAGCAGCAUUAUGGGGGCCCCCCCGAGUAUCACCAACAGGGCAGGGGAGCUCAGCCUCGAGGAGGGGCACCUCAACAGCAGCGGCGCGGUGGUGGUGUGAGUGGUGGCCGUGGGGUUGGAGGACCUCCUCCCAGUGGGCCUUUUUCAAGGCCACCAGUUCCCGAGCUGCACCAAGCUACCCAGGCUCCUCCCUAUCAAGCGAAACCUGCAGAAAUGCAUGGUGAAUCCAGUUCUCAUACUGCGGUGCCUGAGCCUAGCACUUUGCAGGUCACUCAGGAGUUUCAGCAGCUUUCCGUACAGGAAGAAGGGGGGUCGAGCCAAGCAAUUCAGCCUGCUCCUCUCUCAAGUAAAUCAAUGAGAUUCCCUCUUCGUCCAGGCAAGGGAAACACUGGUGCUAGGUGUAUUGUCAGGGCCAACCACUUCUUUGCUGAAUUGCCCGACAAAGAUUUGCACCAAUACGAUGUCUCGAUUACGCCCGAGGUGACAUCAAGGGGUGUUAACCGUGCAGUGAUGGAACAGCUGGUGAAACUGUACAAGGAAUCUCAUCUUGGUAAGCGGCUCCCUGCUUAUGAUGGAAGAAAGAGCUUGUAUACUGCAGGCCCCCUCCCUUUUGUCACAAAAGAGUUCAAAAUCACUCUCGUUGAUGAAGAUGAUGGAUCCGGCAGUGCGAGGAGAGAGAGGGAAUUUAAAGUUGUGAUCAAACUGGCUGCACGUGCUGACUUGCACCAUUUAGGAUUGUUUUUACAAGGGAGGCAGGCUGAUGCACCCCAAGAAGCUCUCCAGGUUCUGGACAUCGUUUUGCGCGAAUUGCCCACUAAUCGAUAUUGUCCUGUGGGCCGCUCAUUUUACUCGCCUGUUUUGGGGAGAAGGCAGCCAUUGGGUGAAGGACUAGAAAGCUGGCGUGGUUUCUACCAGAGUAUUCGCCCAACCCAGAUGGGUCUGUCGCUGAAUAUUGAUAUGUCCUCCACUGCUUUUAUUGAGCCUCUGCCCGUCAUUGAGUUUGUGACUCGGCUUCUGAAUAGGGAGGUAUCUCCAAGACCUUUGUCUGAUGCUGAUCGUGUUAAGAUAAAAAAAGCAUUGAGGGGAGUGAAGGUGGAAGUUACCCACCGGGGAAAUAUGCGUAGGAAAUACCGGAUAUCUGCAUUAACCUCACAAGCAACAAGAGAGUUAACAUUCCCAGUUGAUGAAAGAGGUACUAUGAAAUCUGUGGUAGAGUACUUUCAGGAGACAUAUGGGUUCUCCAUCCAACAUACUCAAUGGCCUUGUCUACAAGUCGGGAAUCAGCAGAGGCCAAAUUACUUACCCAUGGAGGUUUGCAAGAUUGUUGAGGGUCAGAGGUAUUCGAAGAGGUUGAAUGAGAGACAAAUUACUGCUUUGCUUAAGGUGACCUGUCAGCGCCCACAGGAAAGGGAGUUUGACAUUCUGCAGACAGUCCGCCACAAUGCCUAUGCUGAAGAUCCUUAUGCAAAGGAGUUCGGAAUCAAAAUUAGUGAGAAACUGGCUUCAGUAGAAGCACGUGUCCUCCCUGCUCCCUGGCUUAAGUACCAUGAUACGGGUAGGGAAAAAGAUUGCCUCCCUCAAGUUGGUCAAUGGAACAUGAUGAAUAAGAAAAUGGUGAACGGCGGAACUGUGAAUAACUGGAUCUGCAUAAAUUUUGCACGCAAUGUGCAAGAAAGUGUGGCUCGUGGCUUUUGUUAUGAGCUUGCGCAAAUGUGUGUAAUAUCUGGAAUGGUAUAUAAUCGGGAACCUGUGCUCCCACCAUACAGUGCACGGCCGGAUCAGGUAGAAAGAGUCCUGAAAGGUCGAUUCCAUGAAGCCAUGACGAAACUUCAGCCUCAGGGCAAGGAGCUUGACCUGCUAAUUGUUAUUCUGCCGGAUAACAAUGGAUCCCUCUAUGGGGAUUUGAAAAGGAUCUGUGAGACAGAUCUUGGAAUUGUUUCGCAGUGUUGUUUGACUAAACAUGUGUUCAGGAUGAACAAACAAUAUCUUGCAAAUGUUGCCUUAAAGAUUAAUGUUAAAGUGGGGGGAAGGAAUACUGUGCUUGUAGACGCAAUAUCUAGACGCAUACCUCUAGUUAGUGACAUACCCACUAUUAUUUUUGGCGCUGAUGUUACACAUCCUCAUCCUGGCGAAGAUUCAAGCCCUUCCAUUGCUGCUGUGGUUGCUUCGCAAGAUUGGCCAGAGGUUACAAAAUAUGCUGGUUUGGUUUGUGCUCAAGAGCAUCGUCAGGAGCUCAUUCAGGAUUUGUAUAAAUCUUGGCAAGAUCCUGUUAGAGGAGCUGUGACGGGUGGAAUGAUAAAGGAACUUCUCAUUUCUUUCCGUAGAGCAACAGGGCAGAAACCACUGCGGAUAAUAUUUUACCGGGAUGGUGUCAGUGAAGGACAGUUCUAUCAGGUUUUGCUUUACGAACUUGAUGCUAUUAGAAAGGCUUGUAACUCUUUAGAGCCAAACUAUCAGCCCCCAGUCACUUUUGUUGUGGUUCAGAAACGACAUCACACAAGGUUGUUUGCCAAUAACCAUAAUGAUCGAAAUGCAGUAGACAGGAGUGGAAAUAUACUGCCGGGUACUGUUGUAGAUUCCAAAAUCUGCCAUCCCACAGAAUUUGAUUUCUACCUGUGCAGCCAUGCUGGCAUACAAGGUACCAGUCGACCGGCUCACUACCAUGUGUUGUGGGAUGAGAACAACUUCACAGCCGAUGGGCUCCAAUCACUUACCAAUAACCUUUGCUACACUUACGCAAGAUGCACCCGAUCUGUGUCUAUUGUGCCGCCUGCAUACUAUGCUCACUUGGCAGCUUUCCGGGCUCGCUUCUAUAUGGAGCCUGAGACAUCGGAUAGCGGUUCGAUGACGAGUGCUGCUGCUGCUGGUCGUGGUAUGAUAGCUGGUGCAGGUGCACGCAGCUCGAGGGUGCCAGGUGCUAAUGCUCCUCCUGUCAGACCCCUCCCUUCCCUUAAAGACAAUGUCAAAAGGGUCAUGUUCUACUGCUAGUGAUCUGUCUCUCAUUUCCUUUUGCCCCCAUUGGGGGAAGCUUGCCGAUGUCAACACAACAAUAGACUUGAUUAUAUUGUGUGAUAGAGUGGGUUCAGAUGAUCUCACUCAUUUGCUUUGGUUCAUUAGACAAUGUGGAACAAUUAGUUGUCUUUUCUUGUUGUCCAAGUGAGGUCGAACAUUAGAAACGCUUUUUGGGUGAUGAUGUUCUCUAAACGCAUUGGGGGUGAUCUUACUUUGUAGCGAUGAAUGUUAUGGUUUCGGUUGGGUUUGACUAGUAGAUUUGCCUUUUGAUC